AUGCGAAAAGAGUUCGCCAAGCUCAACAAUCUCGUCGACCUCCCCCAUCAACACGCACACCUCCUCCUCCAACAGUGCUUACAGCAAAACAUCCGCCACCUCCAACGCAGUCUCAAGACCGACGACUUUGGCGAGGAAUGGAAGAAGAUGGACGAGCGGUUGUGGCAAGAGGUUCAGAGGUUGCGGAUGAGGCAGAGGGAGAAUGCGCCAGAGGAUGAGGAGAAGGGGAGGUUGUUGUCAAGCCUACCGGCUAGGUUUGGAGGAUUGGGGCUUCUAUCGUUUAACAAAAUUGCACCGUUGGCUUACAAGUCAGCGCAGGAAGCCUCCGACUCCUUUCUCGCCAAGAUCGACCUCAUCCAUCUCCUCGACCCUCCCCCCACCCCCACCCCCCAACGCGUACGGUGUGCGAAGCUGUGGUCCGAGCAGCUGUCUUCUUUCAUGGAGGCGGCGACCCAGCCCGAGCGAAAGCACUUGGUCGAAAACGCGUCGAAGCUCGGACGGUCUUGGCUCCGCCAGAUCCCCUACUUCGAACUCCUCCGUCUUUCCAACCACGAGGUCGCCGCCGGCCUCCACUACCGACUCCUCACCCCCGCCUGUUCCCCCGUCUGCUCCGCCUGCGCCAACGAGUCUGACCUCGGUCACGACGAAGUCUGCCGCCUGCGCGAGACAUGGUCUAUCCGCCGACACGACUCGAUCAACCGAGUAUUCCAAUCCUACCUCUCCCGUGUCGCCGGCGCCGUCGUCUCUCUCGAACCAUCUACCCAAGAAGGGCGAAGGAGGAAUGAUCUGAGGGUACGAGGAGGAGGAGGUGCGCUUCGGAACGCCGACUAUGACUUGAAGGUCUACGGUCUCGAGGAUAAGCACAUGUACGUGGUGGACGGUAGAGGGAAGCCAAGCGGGAUGGAGUGGUUGGAUUGGGUGCAGGGACGCAUCGUGGCGUGGCUGUCGAAGAGGGAUGAGGAGGUGGUCAAGAAGGCGCCGAGGAUCUACGGGGGGGCGUUCCGCCCCCUUGUUCUUUCUGCGGGUGGUCUGAUGAGCGAGGCGACGGCGGUGGAACUUAGGAGCUGGAGGAAGGGAAUGGAGCGAGAGGUGUGGCAGGGGAUGCAGAGUAGGGUGGGGAUCGAGUUGGUGAAGGCGAGAGCGAGGACGCUGUGGAUGUGA